GGGGGGGAGGAAGAGGAGGACGACGAGGAGGCUGCUGCUGCUGCGCAGACAGAUACCGAGCGAGAGCGCGCGCGGCGGCCGGCGACUGAGCAGGCCCGGCGCAGAGAGCCCGCCCGAGGAGCGGCACACGUUCGCCGGCCUUCCCCAACCGCUGCGGCGGGUGCGACAGAGAGAGAGAUGUCGCCUUUCUGACGGGAGGCCGAGCAGCGCGGCGGCGGAGGCGGCGAUACCCGCCUGAGCAGCAGUGAAGCAUGCGAGACCUAACAGCUCACGUAACCAGCAGCCUGCUGCAAUUUCCAGAAGUGACUAUACAAGCUCUUGGGGAUGAUGAAAUAAUGAUAGACUCGGUACUUCAUGGGAAAUUCACUGGAGGACGAAGUGGACUGGCCUGCUUGGCUUGUGGGCCUCAGCUUGAGGUAGUAAACCCAGUCACUGGAGAACGGCUGUCUGCAUACCAUUUUAGUGGAGUGACUGAACAGCCUCCCACUAUCCUUGCAGUGAAAGAGUUUUCCUGGCAAAAAAGAACUGGACUACUAAUUGGCUUGGAAGAAGCAGAAGGGAGUGUUCUGUGUUUGUAUGACCUUGGAAUAUCAAGAGUCGUCAAAGCAGUUGUUCUUCCUGGAAGGGUUACUGCCAUUGAACCCAUAAUUAACCAUGGAGGAGCCAGCUUGACAACGCAACACUUGCACCAGAGUCUCAGGUGGCUGUUUGGUGUGGCUGCUGUGGUUACAGAUGUUGGGCAUGUCCUCCUGAUUGAUCUAUGUCUGGACGACUUAUCAUGUAGCCAGAAUGAAAUAGAGGCAUCUGAUCUAGAAGUCAUCACUGGAAUCCCUCCUGAAAUCCCCCAAAUAAGGGAAGCUAUAACAAGGAAAGGUCGCCAUCUUUGUUUCCAGUUAUUGAACCCAUCAGGAACUCCUGUGACUACUCUUUCAUACAUACACAGGAGCAACCAGCUAGUUGUGGGGUUUUCUGAUGGAUAUCUCUCACUGUGGAAUAUGAAAAGUUUGAAGAAAGAAUACCACUCCCAGUUAGAAGGAGGUAGAAUUCCUGUGUACACUGUUACUUUUCAAGAACCUGAAAAUGAUCCUCGCAAUUGUUGUUACUUGUGGGCUAUUCAGUCAACACAAGAAAGUGAAGGGGAUAUUGUUAGUUUGCAUCUACUGCAGUUGGCUUUCAGUGACAGAAGGCGUUUGGCAUCAGGACAAAUCAUGUAUGAGGGUUUAGAAUACUGUGAAGAAAGGUACAGCCUAGACCUCACGGGUGGAGUUUUCUCUUUAAGAGGGCAGACUAGCAACACCAAAUUGAUCGGUUGUCAAACAGUAGAGAAAUUUCGAAGCCAUGUUGACAGAGAAGAUGGUAUUAAUGAAGUCAUAUCACCUGAUACAAGUGUAUCAAUCUUCAGCUGGCAAGUAAACACAUAUGGCCAAGGCAACCCAUCUACCUAUUUAGGUAUAUUUGACAUAAAUCGCUGGUAUCAUGCUCAAAUGCCAGAUUCAUUAAGGCCUGGGGAAUUUCUACACAAUUGCCCCUAUUUUGCAUUAUGGUCCCUGGAUGCUGUAGUGAGCAUGACUUCUCCACAUCGCAUUCUGGAUGUCUUGGUACAUGAGCGAAGCUUAAGUCGUGGUGUACCUCCUUCGUAUCCUCCACCUGAACAAUUUUUUAACCCAAGCACCUACAACUUUGAUGCCACUUGUUUGCUGAACACUGGGGUUGUUCAUGUUACUUGCACAGGAUUUCAAAAGGAUACAUUGCAUUUCUUAAAAAAAUUUGGUGGUUCCUUAAAUGAAGCCAUUCCUGAUAGUUAUAACAGAUGUCUUGUCGCUGGCUUGCUUUCUCCAAGAUUUAUCGAUGUACAGCCUUCAAGUCUGAGUCAGGAAGAGCAAUUUGAAGCUGUAUUGUCAGCUGCUAUCCAAACUAGUUCCUUAGGACUUCUCACUAGCUUCAUUAAACAGUGGACUGCUGAAGAGCAACCAGAUUCUGCCCCUAAUUUGCGCUUUGUUCUUGAAUGGACAUGGAAUAAAGUGGUUAGCACUAAGGAAGACUUUGUUCGACUAUGUGUCCCACUGUUUGAUGGGUCAUCUAACUUUAUUGGUCCACAAACUCUACAGUCUUUGCAGCACUGCGAGUUACUUCUUAGCAACCUUAGCACUGUUUUGAGCUGUUUUGUAAUGGAAGCACAAGAACUCACAGAAAAAGGCAUUACAGAUCUGACAAAUAAGCAGGUUGUAACCAGUCUCCUUUCACUGUAUGUGCAAGUGGUCAUCUGGUUCUGUCGAUCCAGCCUUCUUCCAGAAAGUUUAGAUGAAGAUAUGCAGUUGUCAAAACCAUUCUAUAAUUACCAACAUAUACAUCAUUUUUAUGCUGGGUGUCGUCAGAAGCUGGAACGUUUAUCAAGAGGCAAAUGGAACCCUGAUUGUUUGAUGAUUGAUGGAUUGAUUUCCCAGUUAGGCCAUUCUGUAGUGAAGUUGUGGCAGAGAGAUGAUGGAGGAACAGGAAAAUACCCUCCUCCUACAUUACAUGCACUACUUGAUCUCUACUUACUGGAAAAUAUUGAAGAUCUCUACAAGCAUGCAACUACAAUUUAUUUACUAUUGGACAUCAUGCAUUCCUGUCCAAACAAGGCUGAUACUUCAGUGGGCUCCUUCCCAACUGCCUUUGCAAUUCCUAUAGGUCUGGUUAACUUAAUCCAAGGUUUUUGGUGUUUGGAUCACAAUGACUUUGAGAAUUCCCUGACCUAUCUGUUUCAUCCAGCUACAAUCAAAUUGCCUUGGCAACACAUAAGGAUAAUUCAGUUCUUGAUGUGUCAAGGAGAGCACAGGCGAGCCCUCCGAUACAUACAAACAAUGAAGCCAUCAUUGAUGAGCAACAGUGAAGUAACACUUCACCUUACUGUCUUGCUGUUUAACAGUUGUAUGGUGGAAGCUUGGAGUGUGCUGCGGCAGCAUUCUACUCGGUUAAAUGUAGAAGAUAUGCUUAAACAUGUAUACGAAACCUGUCAGGGGCUGGGACUGAUGGAAGAUUUGCUAAAGCUACCAUUCACAGAAACUGAACAGGAGUGUCUAGAGAAGUUCUUGAGGACAAGCACUGGUGUUAAUAAUCAUGAGUUCCUCUUAGUUCAUCAUCUUCAGCGUGCCAACUACGUUCCUGCGCUACAGCUGAAUCAAUCACUGAAAGCUAAUCUCAUGAAUGAUCGCGAUCCCCGCUGGCGAGAGAGAUCAGUUGCCAGAAAUUCCAUAUUAGACCAGUAUGGGAAAGUUCUACCCAGAGUACAAAGGAAGCUUGCUGUAGAGCGAACCAAGCCUUACCACUUGCCAACUUCACUACGGCGGGAAAUUUUAAGACCAAAGCCACUGUCAACAGUUGCAAAGAAAGUUACUGCAGGAAAUGUCAUCACAAAAGCAACUUUAAUCAAUAAUGUACUGUCCAAAAUUGGAGAGGUGUGGGUGGGAACUGAACAGAAAAACAAGUCAUUUCAAAAUGAUAUAACUGAAGAACAACCACCUACAGUGGAUUCUUGCACUGACACAGAGAUACCAGAUCCAUUUAUUGGGACGCCAGCUACUAAAUCUUUAAGAAAAUGCUCCAGAUUGCUUGACUUGGUGGUCCAGCCUAUUCCUCUCCAUUCACCUUCCCUUCAAAGCAAUCGGUACCUGUCGCCAAGAGCUUCUGCAUCCUGUAUGCUUUCUAGUCCAUUGCAUUCCAGCCCUCAAGGCUCCCUAUAUAAGAGCAGUAGAAGAGCACCUGAAUUAAAGCUCCUAGAAACUCCUCUGGUUGUUAGGAGAGCUAAAGCUUUGACAUCUACAUCUUCCUCUGGCUUUCCUGGUUUUACUCCUCAAUCUAUUUUGAGAUCCAGCCUUCGAACUACUCCUUUAGCUACUCCAACUGCUUCUCCAGGAAGGUCUAUCACACCCCCACUGCGUGCAAAAGAAACAAAAAUAUCAUUUAUGGAAGGAAGCAAAGCUUCAGGAUGGACUGCUGGGAUGACAGAUAGUAAAACAAAACACAACACAGUUUCAUCUGAAUGCAUUAUUGAAGCACACAUGGAAGAUAUGUGGUCUAAGACUAGAGAAACUCCUGCCUUUUCAAUAUGCAGUCUUCAGGAAGACUAUGAAGAAGCGGGCUUGUCAUCAGAGUGCAUGCCAGGCAAUGAUUUGAAUAAAACUGAACCUUCCAAAGAAACUAGUUAUGGUUCUGUAAAGUCAGAUCAAACUACAUCAGAUUAUCAGGAUGCAAAAUCGCCAGGUGACAACAGUGAUACCUUCAGAAUCUCUCAGCCAGCAGGUUUCUCCCCUGAAGAUCUUGUAAACAUACAAGUGUCAGCUGAGAGAGAAAGCAGUGAGGCAGUAGCAAGGGAUCCUUUGCAAAUGGAACAGCAAACAUCUACAGAUGGAGAACAGUCGGCUGGACUACCUGAAAGAGAAGGUGAAGACCAUGGCUCACUUCCUGAGGAUGAAGUAUUUGUGAUGCAUCACUUAAAUGCUAUUCCUGACACUACGGUCUCUUCUAUGCCAUCUAAUGAAAGUCAAACAAAUGUCCUAGAGUCCAGCAUGCUGCCAUUGUUGGAAAACAACCAGCUCCUUGAUGAAGCAAGUCCCCAAGCUUUGGAGCCAUUAGGAACAGAUGCUGAAUCUGUCAUAAGUAUUCCUGAUAGUGAAGACAUUGUCAGUGUUCAUUCCAAAAAUGAACUUGAAGAAAGAGAAGCAUUAGAUGAAGAUGGGUCAAAAGAAGCUGAGAGCGAAGAAAAUAUAGCAGUCCUGCAAGAGAAAAUACCACUUAAUAUUGAACCUGCAAGUCAAGAAGUAAAUCUUGUUGGUGGUGGAACACGUGAAGUACACAUCUCAGAAGCUGUAGUUGAGGCACUUCCGUACAAUGAGCUAUGUCCUUCAAGCAGUCUGAAAUAUCAGUUCGGCAGUGACGCUAUAGAGCAGCAAGUCACAUGUGAAUUACUCAAGAAAGAUGCUGGUGAAUCUGACUUUACUGGAGGAGAUGGAGAUCUGCUGAUGUCCCAAAACAACUUUACGUUAAUAUUAGAAGGGGAUGAAGAAGCUGAGAUAGGAGAUUCUAGUGCACUGCACACUUUCCCUCUUAAAUCAACCAGCCAGUUAGAGGGUGCCUGUGUAAAUAGUGCUGGAAGUAGCAACCCAGAAUUCAUCACAAACACAGUGUCUACUGUUACUAGUGAUCAGAUAUCACAGAAUACUGCUGAGGUGUUGCCUUAUGUAUCUGAACCUAUUCAGAUGGCUAUUGCUGAGAACCUAUUGGAUGUAAUCAAAGACACAAGAAGUAAAGAAUUUUCAAGUGAGGUUGUGGACCAGUCUUUUCAUGAAAGCAUAAGUAAGAAGGUAUUAAGUUCACCACAGGCACCUCUGCAAAAUGUUACCGAAAUAAGUAAAGAUGUAAAAUUAAGUCAAGUUGAAGAUUCAGUGAUGUCUUGCACCAGCACUGUGGAACAGAUGACACAAAAUGUAAAUGACUUAUUACCUGAUGGUCAGCCAUUGGGACAGAUGGAUAAACCAGAUCUGCUACUACCACCAGCUCCAAGGAGAAGUGCUAGACGGGCAAAAGAAACAUUGAACAUUCCUGAAAGCCUUCCCCUUGGUUCUGAACAAGAACCUCAAGAAAAACAGACAACACAGGCUCCUGCUUUCCCAGUCUUAGAUACUAAGGAAACAAAGGAGUGUGACUUAGAAAUACCAACAAAUGUUCAUCCCAUCACACAGGAGUUUCAGGCAACCAUUGCUACAAGAAGAGGGGUUAGAAAACCAAAAGAGCUUGCACCAGAGCUUCAUGAGCAUCCAAGUGAACAGCUACCUUCUGCUCGCAGAAGGACUCCCAGAAGUACAAGAAGUUUAGUAGGGGAUCAAGAAGGCAGUCAGUUUAUCAUUGACCAUACAAUUCAGAUGAUGGUAAAUCCUAAAAGUGCAAGAAAACUAAAAAGCAUUGCUUUCCACCUGUCGGAGAACGUGAUUUCAGAUCAGGAGGUAGAACCUCGUGAAGAGCAGCUGAGUACAAAACCAAGAAGGGGAAGGCCAAGAAAGCAUGGUGAACUGAAUGUGAUGACCCAGUCAGAAACUGCAGCUGGGAAGCUGCCAUUACCUUCACCAGUUAGAAGGGGCAGACCUAGAAAGUCAAGUCUACCAGAAGCCAUUUCUGAACAUGACAUACAGCCAAGUAAACCACAGCUACCUAUAUCAACUGAGCAGGAGAGGGUGCGAAGCACAAGUAUAUCAGAAACUGUUUCUGAUCAAGAGACUGGACUUAUUAAACAGUUGCCUGUGCGACGAAGAGGCAGACCAAGAAAGAAUCCUUUGAAUGUGUCAGCAGAUUUGGGACUAGAGUUGUCUCUCUUAUCGUCUCCUCCAACACCUAGUAAAUCUUUUGUCACUCCCAGAAGAAAUACUAGGAGAGGAUCUAUUCAAGAAAAGACUCCAGUCGACACCACAAAGAGGAAAUCUGCAAGAAUUGCAUCCGUGAGAAUAGAAAAAACAAAUACAAAUAUAGAGAAAAUGGAUGCAGAAAAAUGUGUUCUAGAAGAACAUUCUGUACAACCAAGUGAGGCAGAGACUUUAGCAAGGAGUUCUAAAAAGAGACCGUCUAAGAUGACGGCAAUCAGAAAGAGAAGCCAGUUACCAUCCCUCUCUGAGGAAGGUACAGAUGAGGAGGAACACUUGCCACAAGCAGCUGAGAUUGCAGUAGGAUUGCAUUCCACAGACAUGACCAAACUAAGGCUUCGUGGAACAGGGAAAACUUUGGCACAUCGUGGUACUCUUGUGAAAAGGACCAGAUACAACAGAAAGAGUAUGCAACAGAGUCCCACCCUGGAUAGAAAUGAGACAUUCUGUUUUUCUCCUCCUCUUACAAAACUGGAAGAAAAAUCUAAAGGUGAGAAAGCAGUGACGCCUGUGCAACUCAAAGAUUUCAAGGCAGACCUGACUUCUCAGUUUGUCUUCUCGCCCCCUGCUUUGAGAUCUAGGAAGAAACAAGUGUCCAGUAUUUCAAGGAUUGUGGAAGAGUUGGAAUUACCAGUUAAAGAGGAGAAGGAUGCAGUCUCAAUAGAAACUUCAGAGAAGCAGAAAGUAAAGAGAAGCAGAGCUACAAGGUCAAAAGCAAAAAAAGCAAGCAAAGUCCUAGAGAAAGAUAGCAGUUGGUCAACAGCACACAUGGAUAUUAAAUUCAUUUCUCCUUUUGGCACGCCAGUAGAUGGAGCAAAAAGCAAACAGAAGGAGUCCGUGGAUAAAGCAGAAAAGACUGUUCGUAAGACUGUUCAUAGGAACGAGAGAAUAACUAGCUUUCCAAAGCCAAUUGUUCAGAAGAAGAGGCUAUAACUGUUUUUAAAUAUGUGUAUUGUACACCAAUGCUUGUAAAGUCAUCAGAAUUGUGUGGAAUAUUAAGAAAAAUCAUUAAUUUGGAAGAUAAUUUAUAUAAAUUAUUGUAAAAUUUCAGAAAACUAAAGGUCUUCAAUAAGUAACUCCGUAUGGAGUGUGAUUUCUUCAGUCAAUGCAGGUUUUCUAUUUUAUAAGACUUCAUACAUUUAUAUAAUAUGUAAAUAAUCUUAUUUUAGGAAUGUUAAAUAAAAAUGUAUACUUAACAGCGAUUAUUGUCCACUAGAUUUUUGAGAGAGAAAGAAUAAAAGAGGUGUGUGGCGCAAAUAAAUUAAAGAGGAUUUUAAUGAUGGCUUGUCACUGUUGGUGCUUCUCUAAUGGGAGGCUACUCUUUUUUUAACAGUUUGAUCUUGCAAUGUUUUUGAAAAUUAAAAUUUGGCAGUUUUAGAAUUUAUAGAAAAUGUUUUGACCUUUUGGGAAUUGGUAAUAGGGGUUAUCAAUUGCAUACAAGUUCCUUACUCUUCUGGUUGAACACGUACCUUAUUGAAGUCGGAAUGUAAACAAUUGUAUUGAAGCUGUGCAAUAUUUUUUUUUGUAUUUGUCUUAACUUGGGAAAGCUGCUCUUCAGUUUAUAAAACAAAAUCUCACCUCA